AUGGCCGAAAAUCUACUGAAAAUCCUAUUUCCGGCGGUAACAAAGUUCUUAUUCACCACCUUGUUUAUGCCAGAAAUUUGCCACUCUCACACACAAAACCACCACUCACACCCAAUUAUGGGCGCCAACGAGUCUGCCAAUUUGCACACCGACGACGGAACGAUCCCGAUCAGAAGACGUGCACACACAUCGUACACCAGAAGUCCGCCUGACUAUUUCGGUUCGAAUCCCCAACGAAAAACUAGUCAGAAUCAGAUGAACCUCCAAAACAACAACAACAACAAUGAUGAGAAACACAAGAACUCCAACAACACGAUUCUCACCGAAUUCGAUGUGAAACAGAUGAUGGCACGCAGUCGCGCUGGAACGGUUUGUGUAUCCUCGAUUCGACGUCAGUCUUCUGAAGACGCCGAGAAGACGAUUCUGGAGACGGUUCGUCAGGCAACACCAACUUCAGAUGACGAAUCGACUGGAAUGUCGAAGAAGGGAAGCAUCACAUCUCGUAAGUCCACUGGAUCCCACGACUCUGGCGUUGGAACUCACCCAAACUCACCAAUUGCAUCGAAUCUACACUUGCCAUCUUCAUCGAAAGAUUCUGAAGAGCGUCAUCCGGAUGAAGAGAAAGAUGAAGAGAAAACACUUAUCCCCAGUAUCACAGUAUCUCCUGCCGAAGAUACGAUGGAGGAUCGCAAGAAAAAGAACAUCAGACACGUCAUCAUGAAGAAGAUGUUCAAGAAGAAGGCGGCGAAGCCGAUGAGAACAAGAUCCAAGUCACUAGGAGCACCGUAUGCAAUGUACACGAACGAAUCUCUGAAUCGUCACCUGUUAGGUUUAGAAGCUUUCUCUAUUCUUGUAUCUCUAAAAAGAGAGAAGAAGAAGAAGAAGCCGUCGAUUAAAGUGAGCGCGUGUCUGUCUCCAUGCGACAAACUUUCGCCCCUACCCCUAUUCUUCCGAAAAAAAAAGAAAAUUGGAGGUGAACACAAUUGA